UGCUGUACACUCACACUCACUGUCCCUGUCUGUCACUCCAGGGCCUCCUCCACGCAAACGCAAAUUAGGGGGCUUUAUUGCCGCCACCACCACAACGAAACCGCAGCGGACACACCACUAUCACCGACGUGACGCGUAAUCAUAUCGUGGGUUGGUAACCCGUUUUAUGUUUUGUCCGUAUCUCGCGACUUAAGUUUUUCGCGAACGACCGCUCUCGGUAGACCUUGCGCGGUGGAUCGAGCGACCGGGGCGCGUCAGUUGAUUCGUGCGCUCGUACGUGGCCGGUUGGUUGGUUGGCUUCUGGUUCCGUGCUACCUAGUGUGUGUGUGUGUGUGCCUCUACUCCUCCGUUAAGGAAGAACACUCCGUCAAGAUGCUGCAAAGCGUACUCCGCCAGGUGGUUCGGUCGGUCGGCUCGAUCGGUGCGCCGCGCACGUUCGCCAGCUCGUCGUUCGGUACGGCGACCGGGGCCACUUCGCCCCUCACCUACCUGAGCGAGGACGAGCUGGUGAUGAAGGAAACGGUGGCCAAGCUGGCCCAGGAACAGAUCGCCCCGCUGGUGAAGAAGAUGGACGAGGAGCACCAGUUCGAUCCGUCCGUCGUGCGCGCCCUGUUCGACAACGGGCUGAUGGGGAUUGAGGUGAGCGACGAGUAUGGGGGCAGCGCGUGCAACUUCAUGACCACCAUGCUGGUGGUGGAGGAGCUGUCCAAGGUGUGCCCGGCGACGGCCGCGUUCGUCGACAUCCACAACACGCUGGUCAACUCGCUGAUGAUCAAGCUCGGCACGGCGGAACAGAAGAGCAAGUAUCUGCCGAAGCUGAGCCAGGAGUACAGUGGCAGCUUCGCGCUGUCCGAACCGUCGGCUGGGUCGGACGCGUUCUCGCUGAAAACCACCGCCAAGAAGGAUGGCAACCAUUACGUGCUGAACGGUACCAAGAUGUGGAUCUCCAACUCCGACCUGUCGGGGGUGUUUCUGAUCAUGGCGAAUGCGAACCCCUCCGCCGGGUACCGUGGCAUCACGACCUUCAUCGUCGAGCGCGAGUACGAAGGUUUCACCGUGGGCAAGCGGGAAAGCAAGCUGGGCAUCUGCGCCUCCGGUACCUGCACGCUGCACCUGGACAAUGUGCGCGUGCCGGAGGAGAACAUCCUCGGGGAGUUCGGUAAGGGCUACCAGUAUGCGGCCGGCUUCCUGAACGAGGGACGCAUCGGCAUCGGGGCGCAGAUGAUUGGGCUGGCCCAGGGCUGCCUGGACGCGACCAUCCCGUACCUGCUCGAGCGCAAACAGUUCGGGUCCGAUCUGUACUCGUUCCAGAGCAUGCAGCACCAGAUCGCAACGAUCGCGACGGAAAUUGAAGCCGCCCGGCUGCUGACGUACAAUGCGGCCCGGCUGCAGGAGGCUGGCGCACCGUUCCUGAAGCAGGCGGCGAUGGCCAAAUUCUACGCGUCGGAAGUGGCCCAACGCACCACGGUCAAGUGUAUCGAUUGGAUGGGUGGCGUCGGCUUUACCAAGGACUUCCCGCAGGAGAAGUAUUACCGCGACUGUAAGAUCGGUGCCAUCUACGAGGGUACGACCAACAUGCAGCUCAGCACGAUCGCCAAGGUCAUGAAGAAGGAGUACCAAUCGUAAAAAAAAGCCUUCUUCUCGUUACGCAACGGGCCCUGGAGGUGUGACGCGAUGAUGGUGUGGUGGCAGUCUCGCGAGACGAGAACAUUCCGGUUCCAGGCAGAAGGCAAAGCAGCACACGCACACGCACACGCAGAUACGAGCGAGAGGGAGAUAUCAAAUUUUGUCUUCCGCAUACGAUAGUCCCACACAAGCACACAACCAUUUCGGGGCAUGCUGGUAGUGUAUGCGUUCUGAUAAUGCGCAUAGCGCGUGUGUAGCUAGCAUAAGUAGAAACAUCAGAGCAACAUAGGGGGUCUUCUGAUCGAUGAUGAUCGAGUCAGGAGAGCGCGAUUAGUGAAACACGCCCAGCAACAAUAGCGUGAAUUUGUGAAAAAACGGAUGCAUUUAUUAUGGUUAAAAAUUACUAUUACACUGAUAUAUAUACGUACACGUGGCGCGCGAGACACAGCGGACAGACACAGCGGACUUGUACGGACCCCAAGACGAAACGUGACUGCAGACGGGACCGAGGACAACCUUUUAGGCUAGGCAUGUGCACGAACGAAGCAAUUAUUAUUACGCUAAAGAGAAACAAACAUUCCAAGAGUGUUUCGAUUCCGCUGGAACUCUAAAUACAGCAUUAAACAAAAAAAAAACGGAAGGAGCGCAUUGGGUAGGUAGGUACCGCGAUUUAGUGGUAGGCUGUUAAUAUGGAAUGGGCCUUUACUUUCGGUACGAAAAUAAAGCUGUCGAAAACUGA